UUGUACUGGUCUGGAGUUUAUGUUUGGCUAUGUGAGAUGUAGAAGCCGUUAUUUUAUACCCUAUAGUGCACUCGGGUCUGGAAAAAACGAGCUGUUUUUGAGUCGAUAUCAGCAGUGUGUUUUUUGUCCACGGUCAUGGAGCUGAAAUGGGAUCAGGCUCCUGUUACAGACCCGGGCCCCUUUUCCAAAGAUGUCUUUGAGAAAUUCUCUCUGGCACCAACCAUGAAAGAGCUCUGGGACAUUUUACAAAGCCCUGAUGAAAAAGCUGGCAUGAAAGAAGACACUAAGAUAAAUCCAGCUGCUCACUCCUCCUCACAAACCGAUUGUGCCAACAGUAACAAAACCACGCCACAGACCAACACCAGACACAGCCACGGAACUUCAGAGGGCAAAGAACCUCUUCCUGAGUGUAAGAAUACAGUUUCUGAGUCUACGGAACAGGACUGUUUCCCUGAACCGAAAGUGCCGUACCCCUGUUUCUCGUCUCUCAUCCGCAAAGAAAGAGCGAUGUGUAUUUACUCCAUUAAGAAUAACAAGCAGGAUACCGCUCCACAGAUAUUAAGAGAGAAGCUGAAGACUGAGGUGGCAGAGUUUAUGAAGUACCUGCAAAAUGUCUCUAAAGUGUGCGCUGAUGAUUAUAACUUCAUGCCCAUGGGAGCUACUCGCUAUUCCGAGGAGUAUUUUAAGCAUUGCUUGGACCACAUGAGGAACUACCCGCAAGUGUACAGUAUUCAAGAAAUCACCAGUUUAACAGGCGGGAAAUUUGUCUCGGACAUUUCGCUCAACUUUGAGAAACAGCUGCUUGCGAUGGGCUCCAUAGAGAUGGUAGAAAAACGAAUGCUGCCAGAAAACACCCAACUUGCAGUGGAUUACGAGUCCAUUUCAGCUGUGAGCCCUCCAGUUAAAAAGGCCACUCGUUUCCACACACCUAUCAGUAGUGACACAAAUGCAGAGAAGCUCAGUGCUACAUAUGAACCACAUGUGUGUCUAGCGAAAGAGGCCUUCCUCCAGCUGCUGAGCAACAGUAUUGGGUUUACUGAGGCAUGGGAACUCCCAGUCUGGGUGAAAGUAAACCCUGCAAAAGGUAGCACUCAGAGUAAAACAGUGUACAUCGACCCUCCUCUGCUGAAGACCGAGAUGACCUGGAGAGAGAGAAAUCACCUCUUUCAUGAGGAGAGUGUAAAACUGGCAUAUAAGAAGACGGGCUCGAAUCCUGUGUUUUUCCUCAUGUCGGAGGACUACGGCAAUAGAACCGACUUUGCCACAGAAGAAACGAGCAGUAGACCAGUCGUUUCAUUUGACAGCACUGGUAUAGAUUUUGAAGUAGAUUUAACCGACUUGGAGUCAUUUGGGGAGUCUUGUCAACCGAAAAAGAAAAUAAAGAACAAUGAUUUGAAAAAUCAAGCACCCUCUAAAAGUGAAACACAAGGAUUAUCCAAACCUAAAGUAGAUUUAGAUAAAGACAAAACAUCGCACAUGUUAACCGAAGAAGCUUCACCAAUGAAAGACAUUAUAUCAGCACUUCCUAUGCCAGCAAAUGAAGAAGCAGCCACCAGGGCGAGUGUAGAGGACAGCUCAGUGGACAAGAGUGCUGAGACUACUUUGAAUUCUGUAUCUGAAGAGGAGCUUUUGAGUUCUACUGUAGAAGAGACCGCAGAGCGUACACCAGCCAAGCGAAUAAGGCAUUCCUCUGGAAACAUUGAUUCUGAUGAGGAAUGCCUCAUUAUUGAUGACUCCGGCUCCCCACUGAGCGGCGUCGCAAAUAAGAAGAACCAGGUGACCCCAGCAGUUCCGGAGAACAUCACUGACCCCAACACAUCCUCUGUGAGCGAUCUGAAGGUGCUCAUGAGUCCCAGCAGCCCUGCUAAAGGAGCUAGGAAAGGAGUCAAAAGACCCAGAGUCUCAGCAGAUUGCGACCAAUUAGGGCAUAUUUUGCGAAUGCAAAACGCCAUGCUGAAAUCCACAUCAGCUAAAAGCCAAGAAGUUGCAAAAGCACCAGCAACAGACUGUCGACCAGCAGAACCAAAACCCAACAACCACCCGGUGUCUCUGGUCAAACGUAGCGUGUCCUCGUACCUGGACAUGGAAUACAGAGAAGGGCUGCAGAAUGAAGCUGCUGCUCCUGCCGUCUCUCAGCCCACGGCACAAAGAAAAAGGCUGCUGAAAGAGGAGCUGCUGGUGAGUGCUGAGGAUGAGGAGGAUUAUGAAGCUCCCGAGGAGGGCAGUGUACUAUAUAAACUGUACAGCUUGCUCGAUGUGCUGCUGAUGGUGCGCAGCACUGUGUCCAUUGCUCAUCCCAGACAUGACCAAGAAACAUUCAGGGCGGUGCCUGUGCAUGUGCUGCCUAAACUGGAGUACCAGCUGUGUUACGGAGCUGAGAGUCUGACCCAUACUGAGGUGUGCCAGCUGUGGGCUGAGCAGCAGCUUCACUCUAGCGUGGCAUCUUUCAUAGGUCGGAUUAAUGCACACACAUCAAAGGUAGUGCAGCUGCAAGAGCUCAAUCCUGACUGGAUCCAGAACACCACCUGUGAUUUCAAACCAGCUAGGUGCUUGAACACACUCCACCACAUACUAAAAAAAGUGAUGAGCUUACAAGAGGGGAGAUAUCUUUUGGGUCACAAAUCUGGUGAAGCUUUUUUGACCAUAUUAAAAGCUAAUGAUGGAAAGAAGCCCACUCGCAGUGUCUAUGACCUCCAGGCUGUCCACUGUGGACCUGCUAUAAUCCCAGAGGCCAAAGUUCCCUGGAUUCCUGUGGAUCCCUACUAUCUAAUGCCGUUUCACAAGAAAUACUGUAGACCUCCAUGCACCUUCCCUCCACGUCCACCCACACAGCCUAAGGUAGAAGGGUGUAAAGGAGCAAGGCCAGGAAACAGCAUGACUGCAUCUGCACAAGGGAAACAAGGCUCCGCAAGGACGCCCAGUCAAAAGCGGAAGAAAAAGAAUAAAAAAAGAAAACCCAAAGGUCAAAUAAAAAAACAUGCACAGAAUGAAGAAGGACAUGCAAACUGAAUAAAUAAGCAGUAAGGAAUAACAUCUGGUGCAGGUGAAGUUGUUGUUUUAUUUUUUGAUUACACCCGCUUUACUCAUGUUGGGUUAAGAGGCUCCUUAAGUUGGCAGUUGGAUUUGAGUAAAAGUAACUCCAUGAUGAUGACGCGUAACAUCUGCAAAGUAAAGAGUAAGCUAGAUAUUUUGUAUUCCUGCAUCUUCUCAAAUGUCAGUUUGUUUGUUUGUUUUUUAAUUUGUAAUUAAAUGCUAUUUUUGCUACAACAUACUUAAAUUUGGGUGUAUGUGGAAGUGCUUUCUAUAUAUUUUUGCAAAAAGCCCAAGACCUGUCACUUUGACUGUGAAACCUUUUUUUUUCUUUUCCCCAAAGAAGGUUUGUAAUUUUUUUUUUUUUUACUUGUAAAGUACCAAUACAUUAUGAAUGUUCAUUAUAAAAUUCUUUUUUUUUUUGCACUGUGAAUUGUAGAUUUUUCCUCCAUGAACAUCGGACCUCAUGUUUGAAGUUGUAUACAAAUGAAUUUGUUUGUAAAUUGUUUGCAGGAGCAUCCAGUUCAUAUCUAACAAGAGCUCCUGAGUUUGUGCAAAUUUGCCUAUAAUGACUCAUUCAUGUGAACCUCAACUAACAGGAUCGAGAUUGUGUAACUGGUGUGAGUUAGUGCUAACUUUGUGAAAUUCAGUUGUCAACUAAUGGCGUAUUCACACCUACGUUGUUUGGUCCGGACCAAACGAACCAAAUUUCCCUUGGUCCGGACCUUUUGGGUUGGUCUGAAUACAAACCACCAAACUCUGGUCCGGACCAAACAAGCGGACCGAGACCGAGCUGCAAGGUCGGACUCGGUCCGGACCAAAGAAACCCUGGUGCGGAUCUUUUGGAGGUGUGAAAGCAGACCAGACCGAAUCCGACAGUUUUGCUUUUUUGUACCUCGGGAGCUUCCGUCGUUUGUCGAGCAUUAUGGGAAACAGAGUCUUGACACUCCACCGCAAAGUGCAAACACUGUUUCGGUUGUCAAGGGAACCUUACAACAGUCGUUCAGUCAUUCAGACCAGUGGUAGGCUAGACUACAGAGUACAAAAAAUGAGUAGGGGGCAAACGUGGGCCGAGGAAGAAACGCGUACCCUUGUGGAUAUAUGGGCAGAUGUCCACAUAUCUGAGCUUUUGGAGAGAACACACAAAAAUGCCAACGUGUUUGCUGUAUUCAGUGAGAAAAUGAAGAAGGGGUUCACGCGCUCCCCAGAACAAUGUCGGCUAAAAGUGAAGAAACUCCGUCAGACCUACAUUAAAAUCAGGGACAUUCUUUCAAAAAGUGGCGGUACUAGGGACGCAAAAAAGAGAUUCAUCUAUUGCGUGAAGAGCCAGAACUGUCACGUGAUGUGCGCUCAUCAGCGCUAUCCUCCGUAGCCGCUUUGCCCUUUGUUGUCGUCGUUGAUAAAUUACUUGUACAACAGCAUAGUAAUCGCACAAUUGUGAAAACAGUAAAAACUGGAAAAAACAUAUAGCUUUGAUGACAUUAAAAAGAAUAACAGCACGGAAAGCCUCCAUGACUACUUUUGAACUUAACGCUUUGUGCGCGUGUCGUCUCUGACCAAUAGCUGAACGACCUCAGGGCGCGUGGCUUUGUUGACAGAUUUUGGUCCGCUUACUAAAAUGUAGAGUGUGAAAGCGAACCGCACCAAAAUGAAAAAAUAAAAAAAAAACAUUUGGUUCGGACCAAAGCAAGUGAACUAUCGAACUAUCCUGGUCUGAAUACACCCUAAGACUAGCCAUUUAAUUAGGACAAAAGAAAUGUCACACUAUAAAGGUUAGUGUGUGCUUGCGGUUGCUGAUUCGCUGCAGUGGCUGAGCUGCAUUAUUGGAAGAAUUAUUGUUUUAAGAAUGUCAGUACGAAGAAAAUCAGAGAUACCAAAACUUUAGUAAGUCUGAAGGUUAUUUUUUAGAUCAGUUUGGCCUAGGUAAGCAUUUAUACACAACUUUGCUAAAAUAUUGAUAAAUAAGGCCAAUUUAAAGUACUUCAGUUACUGUUGGAGUAAAGUUAAUGCCUAAAAAAAACCUGAACAAAAAUGCAUGACUUCAUGGUGGACAUUUUUAAAAAAUAUUAAUUUGUGAUGCUUUGUCCUCAGUGCUGAUGUGAUGAAAUGGCUGCAGUUUGCUUGGCGACUGUCAUGUAUCUGAAGUUCUCACGUUUAGAAGCGAAUGUUUAGUUUAAAGCCUGUUAUUAUAAGAUGAUUAGGUUUGAGCAAACACUGUAAUCAAAUAUUUAAAGCUGUAUUUUGGUCUCUAGGUGGAACCCAUAUACUUUACACAAUAAGGGUGUGAACAGACACCUUCAGCAAGAAUAGAUUAUUAAUAAACAUCUUUGCAUAUUGUUAGAA